UAAUAAGGUCUUUAUGUCCCCAGACUUUUUCAUUCGUUAUCCAGAAUCACACCCGUACAUACAGAACGAUUGCACCCGUACAUUUCAAGUUUCCCGCAUUUGUUGAUGAAUAAUCAAAAGCUUCUAUUGGCUCCGAUGUUUUUAGCUUUACCGCUUAUAGCUUAGUACAAUAAAGCUAUCAUCAUUAGUGUUAAAACAAUAGGAUAUUGUUUGACGGACCCUGGAAGUUCGAGUUGCUGAGUUUACCUUAAAAAGCUAUAAGGAUAUUGAGUUAGUGUUGUGUUUUUUUUUUUUUUUGGAUAAUUCGGUUAUACUGUUAGACCCUGAAUCCGAGACUGUUGAAACAAAGCGGUAGUUACGGUUGGUAUAAACAGGUUAAAUAGGUAAGAAAGUAACGGGCAUCCAGAGAGGUUAAUAGGCCGGAGCUUAAGGAUGCAUUUGUUGACUUUUAUACUGCUUGGUAUACCGGUGACGGUUCUGAUUUACUUGGUUAGCUGUGCAUUGGUUGGACAACUUGAUGGUCUAAUAGAAAUAUCAAAUAAAGCAUAUCACUAUUUCCCGGCUGGCUGUGAUAUUGGGAAAGUGAUUUUCCUUUGUGGAGUAACACCAUUUUUGCUUCAACUUAUUGCAUUACUUGAUGACAUUUUUGCUAAAGCAAAUACUAAUUCAAGACUAGUUAGUAAUUAUGAUCGUCGUAAGAAUUCCAAAUUCGAAAGAUUUUACUUUCCAACAUUGAAAGAAUUAGUCAAAUUAUCCAUCAUUACUUACCUUGCACGUCCUCAUACUCGUUUUGAUGAUAUUAUUGAUACUGCCGAUGAAUCCCCUUAUAAGUGGAGCAUUCUACAGCUCAAUCUCGGAGUUUUCAUUUAUUCAAUGGCCAAAUUUUUAAUCACUUGCUGGGUUUAUUCACCUUUCCAAUAUAAGAGAAAUUAUUCAAAGUUUUUGGAGCUAUAUGAUAUGUGGAUGGAUCAUGAAGUUGCAUCAGUGAAUGAUAAAACAGACGCAGCAAUGGUCUUAGCAGACUCGAUGGUUAGAUAUUCAUCAAUUUCUUCAAAUCCGGAUUCUCCUUUAAAUGAUAAGUUCCCAAUUAGAAUCGAUCGUAAUUCGGUUGAAACCACCAAUACGUUAUAUUCGGAUCAAAUCCCAUUUCCUCCUAAAUUCAAUUUGAGCUCUUUCAAUGACUCUUCGCUGGCAGGUAAAGGCUCCUUGAAUAAAAUUCAAUCAAUGCCUAUAAUGUCAAAAUCAGAUUCUUGCCUGAGUAAUAGUGAUCAAAAUUCAAAUCAACUGUCAAAAAAAUUAAAUUCAAACUUCAAAUCAUGUUAUCAUUUGGUUGAUAAGUUGUAUUCUAUAUCUCCUAAAAAUACUUAUCAUUUGAACUAUGCCACUGCUUGCGCAGUUUCAAAGCAAGAUUCCAGCCUUGAUUCCGAUAACGAAUCAAUAAAUUUUAACGAUUAUAAUGUUGAAUCAUAUGAAGGACCAGACUUUGAUGGAAACUCGCCUUUUAUUGCUGAAGGUAGUGAUCAUCUCGGUGGUGGUGGCGGUGGUGGUAACAACUAUAAGAUUAAACUUCCAAAUGGUACUAAAAUAGGAUUCGGUGCCGGUGGUGGUGGUGGUAUAGAUUAUGACCACAAUUCUGAUAAUGAUGAAGAAAUAGAUGAUAAUUCCCCUAAAAGUAAUGACCACUUUGGUGGUGGUGGUGGUGGUGGUACCAAUUUCAAAAUUAAACUUCCAAAUGGUACUAAAAUCGGAGGUGGUGCCGGAGGUGGUGGUGGAUUCGACUAUGACCAUAACAACGGUGACAACCAAGAUUAUGGAAGUUGCGAGAAUCAACUUUUUAAAAGGGAAUCUAAAAAUUAUAAAAAGAAAAUCAUUGGUUUUAUUAACUGGUUUCAAUGGUUGAACCCUUUAUUGCCAAUCGCAUCCGAUGAAGAAUUGCAAUCGUUAUUGGCAUCUCCUACUCCUAAGAGGAAUAAAAGAGAUCCAACCGAUCCAGUAAUCAAGAAGAAAUUGUCUCUGUAUACGUUAAGAAAACGGUCAAUACCUGAUGACUCGUUUUCUUUCAACUCUAAUGUGACUUGUAACUCAAUGGGUAAUAUUGAUUCAUGUUUUGAUGAUUUAGAAUCUAAUUGCAAAAAGAUUAACAGUUCAUCAGUUUGCAGCAACAGACAAAACUAUGAUAGGUUCGAACAAUAUGUAUUGACCUAUUUUGAUUAUGAUCUCCAUACAUUUAAAGCACCAUUUGAGGUUGAUCCAUUCUUCAAGAACUUUGAUUAUGUGUGCAAGGAUUUCAACUGUAUUUAUUUCAUAAUAGUCAACUUGAAUUGUUUUUUCUGGGACUCGAUUGGGUUUAUGGCUUAUUCCUUACCUUACUUAAUAGUAUCAAUUAAUCAUUUCAAUUUAUUUUUAAUGUUUUUGGGAAUUAUGAUGGUCAAAUUUUUCAAUUUAAAUUAUUUAAAUGAUCAGUUUGCCAAAUCUUUUAAGAUUAGUAUCAUUUACGAAGUUUUAAUCAACUUCACUUUAUUCAUUAGUUUGGUGUAUUAUUAUUACUCAAUUAUUUAG